UUUCUUUCCCCCUCUCAGAAUUUCAGACAGUAACUCCUCCAUUCUUCUCCAGCUGAAGAAAUUACUUCCUUUGGGAACGAUGAUAUUCCUGACAAGCCCAUCACUCUCUGUUUUGGACAGAACAAGGAAAAUCCCGGUCUUCUUGUUGAAUCUUUCGACCCAAAACUGCUUUCUUAAAGAGUACAAAUUUGAUAUCUCAAAACUGGAGCCAUUGGCGGCAAAGGUGAGCAGCGCAUAGAUUGGUUUCUUAUAGAUUAAUCUCCCUGUAGAUAUUCAAUGAUUGCUAAGUUUGCCUCUCUUCGACGGCUAAUUUAUAAAUAAAUAAAAAAUAAAAAAUAAAUUGUGUUCCAGCCUCAUUCUCCAGAUAAUCGUGCUUUAGCAAGAGAUGCAAAGAUGUGAAAAUUGACAGAGUAUUUAUCGGUUCUUGUACUGGUGGAAAAACAGAGGAUUUUAUGGCUGCAGCCAGAGUUUUUCUAGCAUCGGGGAAAAAGGUCAAAGUUCCCACAUUUCUUGUGCCUGCUACCCAAAGGGUUUGGACGGACGUGUAUAGUCUCCCAGUACCAGGGUCUGGUGGCAAGACUUGCUCUCAGAUAUUUGAGGAAGCUGAAUGCGACACACCUGCAAGUCCCAGUUGCGGUGCUCGCCUGGGUGGUCCGAAAGACACGUAUGCUCGCUUAAAUGAGCCUCAGGCAAGUACAUCCUUUUCUGCAAUACAUCCACAAGGAUCUAAUGUGCUCUCAUGUCUUGGGGCAGCUGGACCUCAUGCAUUGUUGCAUUUCACUAUAUCAUUGUCUUCGAUAGAAUUAGGACCGACUUCCCUGCCUUUGGGGGUUUCAUAACCCCAUUUGCAGAUAACCUUGUUGCAAGGAGAACAUCUUGGUUUUUAUUUCAAUUGUAUUGAAAAUAAAUACCGGUAGAUUAUUAACCAUCUUGUCUUUGCAGGUAUGCGUCUCAACAACAAACAGGAACUUCCCAGGCCGAAUGGGUCACAAGGAAGGCCAGAUAUAUCUCGCUUCCCCCUAUACGGCUGCUGCGUCUGCUUUGACUGGUUACGUCACCGACCCGAGAGAGUUUUUGCAGUAGGCAGUUCUAUCAUUACAAUCUGAUCAGUGUAUGUCAUCUUUAUAUUCUGCAACUAAAUGUUGUUAGAUAGCAGAGAUUACGGAAUAAUGGGUGUAACAUCCAUCCUGCAAGGUUUUGUCUUGUAUAUGUCGGGUAGCUGCCGUACGUAUUGUAUGUGUGAUCGUUAGAGCAUGUUAGAAUGUAUUUAAAAUCAUGAUUUUAUUUUA